UUCUUCGAGAAACUGCUAGAGCGUGUCCACUUUAUAACAUAAAAUAUCGAAUUUUCGAUACUACACUGCAAGAUUGGAUUUCAAAAUCAAUGUUUUGUAAUUUCAGAUUUGUAAACCCUAAACCUCUAUUUUUAUUCAAAUUCGACCAUGUUUGGUGUGGUUUUCCCCAAUCGAAGCUUCCCGAUGGACAUCUCCGCCUUCUCCCAAAUCGACACUUUCCACUGGAUUCUCGACAUGAAUACCUUCGUCGGCGAGGCCUACGAUCAGGUCCGCGAGCUCUGCAUUUUCCUACUCAAUGACUUCACUCUCCCUCCCGACAAAGCUCUCGCUGUCUACAUCCAAUCUCCGGGCUGCCCUUUCGUCUUCUGUGGCGCCGUCACUCUUACUCGCCCCUCCGCCGUCCUCACCCUGGCCUGGCCUGAACCCGGUGGCUCUCUGACACCGCAGCUUCAGAUUACUGGCCCCGAUGCACCACUGAUGUCGGCUAAGAUCGGAGUGUCGGUGGAGGAGCUAGCGUCGCUGCCGUCGCUUGACGUGACGGCGGAGAAGAGGAUCGAGCGGCUGGCGUUGAAGGUUGGGGAAAGCCUGUUCAAUUUCAUGCAGUCGUUUUGCGGUGUGGAUGGGUCGAAACUGGUUGUGCCCAUGGAUAUCUUGGAUAGAUGGUUCAAGAAGUUUCAGGAUAGGGCUAAACGUGAUCCUGAGUACCUGAAAGGUUUUGCUCUGUAAAUUUAAGAAUUUUGAUAUUAAUUCAACUUCAGCAAAAGAAAUGUUAGUUUAUUUUUGUUCUCCAUCUCUCUAUUUUUGUCAAUGGUGUAAUUUUUGGUGAACUUUUUUAGAAGUAGAAUAAGAAACUCUACUUGUAUGAUUUUAAGGAAAAAUGGUAGGUUUGAGAUUCAUAGAAUCUAAAAUAAUCUACAAUAAGCAGAAAAUCUAUUAUGAUGCAAA